GGAGCAGCGGUAGUAGUAGUAGUAGUUGGCUCACAUCCGCGGUCCGGACGCGCACGAUGCGAUCGAAACACAUCAAAGUCGGGCGCGCUAUCACCCCGCGGUAGAAAAAAAAAAACCAAUCGAAAUAACUACACUGCAAAUCCGACAUCUACGGGACAACUGCAUAAUAAUUAUAAUUAUAUUAUUAAAUAUAUUUUCGUUAGCCCAAGACGGCUUGRCCGGUUUUAAAUAAUAUCAUAAUAUUGUGACAGUUAAAAAAACCGUCGCGAGUUUUACCGCCACCGCCGCCGAGAUAUGCGCCUGGUGCGGAUGACGUCGGACCACAGCAAGAAGAGGCGCCGCGGCCCGUCUUCGGCGGACCAGCACGGCGCGGCCACAGCCUCGUCAUCGUCGUCGUCGUCCUCGCCACCGUCCGAAGACCUGUGGUGGACCGAGGCCGCCGUCAACGAGGUAACCGCCGAGCACCCGGGCGAGCUGGUCCGCACCGGGUGCCCGUACAUGCUGUGCAGUGCCCUGCCUACGCACUGGCGGUCAAAUAAGACGCUGCCCGGUGCAUUCAAGGUGGUCAUACUGUCCGAGGUACCGGAUGGCACAGCCGUCACGCUCAAGGCCGGCAACGACGAGAACUGUUCGGCCGAGCUGCGCAACUGUUCCGCCCUGGUCAAGAACCAAAUUGCCAAGUUCAACGAUUUGAGGUUCGUCGGACGCAGCGGACGAGGGAAAAGUUUUACGAUCACAAUUACCGUUUCGACGUGUCCACCUCAAGUAGCGACGUAUAAUAAAGCAAUCAAAGUUACCGUAGAUGGACCUCGAGAACCACGAUCCAAAUCUCUGCACCAAGGUCCACCUCAUCAGUUUCGUGGAUUGGGCCUCGGCCAGAGGCCCUUUAUGGAAAAUGCAUCGUUUUCUAAUCAUUUACGGGAGUUGGAUACAUAUCGCCGAGUGAAGACCGAAGAAUCACCCAUCCUCGAGCAGUCGUAUCGGUCAACGAAUAACCAAGACGAACAUUCCGACUUACCCGUCGGCGUGCCCGAGUCAAGUAACUGGUGCAGUGGUUAUUCGACGUCGGCGUAUUCACCAAAUGCAGCGGCGCCACUCGGAGGAGCUGCAUACGCCUCGUAUCCCGAWACCACCGGACCGGCCGCGGCCAUGACGAUGGACGCUCCCUCGGCCAUGUACGGAAGCGGCCAUCCGGAAGUACAGCAAAACAACCACAUGGCAGACUUUUGCGGUACACACCAACAACAUCAACACCACCACCAUCAUCAACAACAACAGCACCAGCAACACGAGCACCAACAGCAACAUCAACAGGAGCUCUUAAAACCAGCGCUCCAUCAGCAGAAUUUGGAUACAGGCGUUGGCAGUGGCUAUUACCCGUCGUCUUGGCCGACCGUGGAACCCCACCAUCACCAUCAUCCGUCGUCGUACCAUCAUCACCAUCACCACCCAGCAGCGGUCACGUACCAGUACAACACGGCAGUGGUACCACCGCCACCGCCGCCGCCUCCACCGCACCACCCGGUACAGAUGACCGCCGAACCACCGCCCGUGCCACCGCCCACCACUAUGGUGCUAUACCCGCACCUAUACUCGACGGUGAAUCAGAAUCAGAUACACCUGCAUCUGCACGCACCGUCGUCUGCGGCCGAACAUCAACUGCAGCAAUUGCACAUAAACAACAACAACAACAACAACAACAACAGCAUCAAGGACCCGUCCGCUGUCGAACACCACCAGUACGUCGUGGACGACGUGGCCGCGUUGGCCGCGGUCGCAGUUGCAGGCAAUCCUGCCGCGCAGUUAGCUAUCAGCGCGGCCGGCAGCGGUGGAGCGAACGCGCGUGGCAUCGAAAUCGGACUGUUACCGCCACCUCCCGCCGUAUCGCUCGACGAACACCAUCAGGCGAGUGACAUCAUAUCCAUCGGCGGCCGGUACAGCGACCGACAGCAGCAGCAGCAACAGCAUACCGACUUGGCCGUCUGGAGGCCCUACUGAUCGGCUGCUUCGCCACUUAUUAAUCAUCAUCAUUUUUUGAUUACUAUUUCAGAGGACUACCAUGCGACGGUAACACUGGUCGCCACUUAAACCGUAUAAAGCGCAACACUCGGCACAAAUCUGUAGCGCCGUAGGGCCUUUUAUGAAUUAUUAUURUAUCAUAUUAUUGAUUGUUUUUUCAUAUUGUUUUACAGUGAUGGCGUUAAAACUAUUAUUAUUAUUUCAUUUUUAAUUUAUUUUCGUCAUUCUAUAUGAUACUUACAACUGACAACGGUAUAGUGGUUAGAGGGCGGGUAACCCGAGCAGAGUAGCAUUUUAUUUUGUUAACGUGAUUUGCGAUGAGACUAUUGUCUCAUGGUCUAUAGUUGUCAUAUCGAUUCGAUAAGAAUAAAAAAAAAUAGUGUCGGGGAGAAUGAUUUACUUAUUUAGAGUUAUUACUAUUUUAAAGUGAUGGUGACCGUAUAGCUUUGCGGUAUAAACAAUGAAAACUGUCACAACAAUCCCGGGCUCAUAGGAAAACUUAUUCUUAUAGCUGGUAGAUACUUACAUUAUUAKCUUUGACCGUUGUUUUAACAUAUUUCUCAAUCUUUCGUCUAUUAGGUAUAUGAAUAUUAUAUUAUAUUAGCGCCAAAAAUUCAAAAUAAAAUGAUUGUGAAAUUAAUAUCAUAAGAUURAACUCAGAUUAAUUCCUAACCGAGGUAUAAUGAGAAGAUCUUCCACUGCRGAGCGUCGUACCUAAAAGUACAUAAUUUCAGUCAGCCACAAAUCCGCGUGUCWUAUAAUAAUAAUAAUUUAUUAUUGUUAUAGAACGGUUCAAGAACGAUUACAAACCAAUACACCAUUAGCCGAUAAUAAUAUUAUCAUCGUAUUAAGUAUUAUUAGGUCGAACGCUGAAAUGGUUUCGAAAUUCGUCGUUCGCCUUUCUCAUUCGUCCAUCGACGUGCGUUUAACUACUAUUCCUCAACGCACGCAUUCCGGCGUAUCUCAUCGUUUUYUUUUCCUUAUAUGUAUAUUAUCAUUAUAUUGUAAACCUACUAUUAAUAUUAUAAUAUUAUUUACGUUUUGUACACACACGUGUCCUGCGAGUGUAAAUAAUAUUAACUUAGAAAAUCAAAAUUAUCA